ACGGACGACAUUUCGGUUCGGCGCUCGGCACGGUGGAGGUGGCGGAGGAGGAGGCGCGCUCGGUCGGAUCUGCUCGCUGCUUGCACCCGCUCCAUCCGCUCCAUUCGCUCCAUCCGAGAAGCUGUGGGAACGCCGAGAUCCGAGGAACGAGAGGGGAAACCCGGCUACAAGCGCAGUCUAACCCCCGACUCCUGCGCUCAUCUGUUGCUGACUGACACUAAAUGAAUCUUGUAAGGUUUAUGAACAACCGCGUUCCUCCUCAUAAGAGAUAUCAGCCCACAGAGUACGAGCAUGCUGCCAACUGCGCCACUCAUGCGUUGUGGAUAAUCCCGAGUCUCCUGGGCAGCUUGGUGCUUCACUUGCUGUCCGAGGGCCAAUGGGAGCGCGUGUCGGCCUGGCUGUACGGGGCCGGCCUCAGCUCCCUCUUCAUCAUCUCCACCCUUUUCCACACCGUGUCCUGGAAGAAGAGCCACCUCCGGUCUGUGGAGCAGUGCUUCCACAUGUGUGACAGGAUGGUCAUCUACUUCUUCAUCGCAGCCUCCUACGCCCCCUGGCUGAACUUGCGUGAGCUGGGGCCCUGGGCCUGUCACAUGCGCUGGCUCGUCUGGGUCAUGGCCUCCUUCGGCACCACCUACGUCUUCUUCUUCCAUGAGAGGUACAAGCUGAUGGAGCUGAUCUGCUACACUGUGAUGGGAGUGUUUCCUGCCCUGGUCAUCCUCUCCAUGCCGGAGAAGGGGGGCCUGUACGAGCUGCUGAUGGGCGGGGCCUGUUACUGCCUGGGCAUGGUCUUCUUCAAGAGCGACGGCAUCGUCCCGUUCGCCCACGCCAUCUGGCACUUGUUCGUUGCCAUGGGAGCAGCCGUGCACUACUACGCCAUAUGGAAGUACCUGUACGCCCCGCCGGCCAAUCAGGUGAAGACGUCCAGAUGACAUCACAGCUGACCAGGAAGUGACCCGGUGUGGAGAGAGGCAGGCAAAUGUGCAACUUUGACACAAACGUGGUAGUGACAUAUUGGUAUGGGUUUGGACAGUUUUGUGUUUUAGUCCAUUUUAGGGUUUAAACCUCAUGUCUAAAUAUUUAAAAUUUAAAUUAUUUUUUUUCUUAUUAGUAGUAA